AUGCGCAAUUCUUGCCGAACACGUCACUCACAUAGCCCCGCCCAUCGACUUCCUGUUCUAAUGCAGCUCCUUCGAUUUUUCGUCCAACCCCAAACCCUGGGGGGGGUCCCCGACCUCGGGGUCCCUUCGGGGUUGGGACCCCCCCUAAAAACGGCCCAGGGGGUGGAACCCGGGGUCACCGAGGUCACCUGCGAGCUCUGCUACUACCUGGGCUGGGCAGGAGAUGCCCCCCCCAGCGAGGAGGAGUCUCGGAUGCUGCGCUGGAUUUUGGGCUCCCCCCUGGCCGAGGGCGCCGACGUCGCUCCAGGAGCUUCCUGAAGCCCCAGGGGCACCACGAGCUGCUGGAGAUCGGGCCCA